AUGUCGCUCGACGCCCAAGGCCUCCCCGCCGGCCCGUCACGCCUCCUCGGCGCCGCGACCUUCCCGUCGUGGUGCGACACCAUGGAAGAGUACUUCCUCCUCGCCGACCUCUGGGCCGUGGUGCAGGGCACCGAGGCGGAACCGUACGCCUCCGACUCGAAGUGGAGCCGCAGCGUGCGUGCCGGCCUCGUCGAGCCCGCGCUGCCUGCCGCCGAGUCCCUGCCGCGCGGCACGUCGACCGACACGCGCGUGCGCAACGAGCUCUUGCUCGUCCAGCAGCGCGCGCAGUGGCUUGAUUGGCGCAAGCGCGAGCACCUCGCCCAGGGGGCCAUUCUGCGUGCCGUCGCCUCGCCCGAUAUCAAGGAGCGCCUCAAGACUUACUCGCGUGCCUCGGACAUGUGGGCUCACCUCGUCGCAACCUACUCUGCCCGUAAGUUCACAACCACGGCACACGCUCAUCCGGCAUUAGCUGCAUAG